AUCUCUGCACAGAGUGCAUGCUUAGUGUCCUGUGUGCUUUUUAUAAUGCUGCACGGUCUGUAUUGAAGUGGUUGUCUAGGGAAGCAUAUAAGAACAUCAAGAGGACAUCACUGAAUAGAUAUAUAUGCACAUUUAAUUUACUGUUGCCUCAGUACUGUGAUAGUGUUGCUGGGAAAGGAAAUGGACUGUUUCUGCUGUGUGCAGCUGCUGCUGCUGCAUAGUUAGAGUGCAGUUGUAGUUCUACAUGCCACUUUUACAUAUUGCAUGCUGCUAAUCUCCCCGUUGCCAUGAUUAAACAGCAGCUGGUGCAUGCAGAGUUUAGUGGUUGUGUUGUCACCACCUCCCGGGCACAACUGACACCUCCAGGGCAAAGACGCGCAAAUGCCUAUACUGCGGAGAGUGGGAAUAGGCCCAUCAGUCAGACUUCCCCUAAGGAUGAGUGCGAUGGGCAGUGGAGCUGCAGUGGUGUGAUCGUAGAUAGGAAUUUGGGUGUUGUGAUCUGUCAGGGAUCCAUAUUUUUUCCUUUUUUGAAAAAAACUGGAAAUGGUCUUGCUGCCUCGGAUCACCCUAUCCUUUCCGCUGAUGACUUUCAUCCGGAUUUAUCCAUUCGGGUUGAAUGCCCGUUAGAACCAAAGAUAAACACAAAGAUUGGCACCGGCAUCUGCAAUGAGGUCCUGGGCCACAGGCCGGAACUUGAAAAUGUUCCCGUGUCAACUCCGCAAAGUGAACGGAUGCAAGUCCAGGCUCAACUCCUUAUGGUUUUACCCUGUCCGGAAUUCCAAAACGCAUUUUCUAGACUGUUUAGGAAAGAAAACGGGUGGGUGUUCUCCAGUGAGGAAGAGAAGACGGAGUAUGGGGAGUUUCAGAAGGAUCUCGCUUACCUUCAUUGGUUUGCUGUUUUGCACCUACAAAGUCCACUGACUAAAACGCCUCAUACAAUGGCCAUCAUGGACUCUACCCGGUUGGUAAAAGGAAGUACAGUGUUCGCCUGCGGAUCUCCUUUCGGAUCAUUCUACCCAGACAUCUUUCUGAAUACCAUUAGCAAAGGUGUCCUUAGUAACACUGCAGGAGACAGAAAUGCCGUACUGCUGACUGACGCCCGUUGUUUGCCAGGCUCAGAAGGAGGGGGCAUAUAUUUGUUUGAACAAGGUGUAUUGCACUUGGUGGGCAUUAUAGUGGCACCCCUCUGCUGGAAGACAAAUGAGUGGGUGGGGUUGACACUGGCUUGCUCUAUUAGCCAUAUCAUUGAGAACAUCAUUAAGGUUCCUCACAAAGCAGGCGUUGCUGUUAAAAGUAAAUUGGAAAAUUUACAGUUGGGAAACAACGUUCUAGCUAAUCUUCAGAGAGGUCCUGGGCCAGCUGAGCAUCUGAUGAAAGCAGCUGUUUUAGUGGACUCAGGUCAAGCCUGGGGUUCCGGAGCUUUGUUGAACCGAAAAGUAGUAUUGACAUGCCGACAUGUGGUUAGAGAUUUAUCCAAAGUACUUGUGAAGAUCCAGCGUCCUAGAGUUGCAAGCGGACAACAUCAUACCUAUAAAAGGUUUCAGACCGUCACAGGCCGGGUGGUAUUUUCUACUUCAGAAUCUUCUCCUUAUGACAUUGCCGUUGUGGAACUUGAUGAAGACUUACCUGGUGUUUUUGAACCAGUUUUGGCUUCUGGCUACAGUGCAGGAGAGGACGUCCUCAUUGUUGGAUUUGGGGCCUUUGGGGAAAGCUGUGGCCCAUCUGUGACGUCUGGGGUCCUGUCAGCAGUGAUUUCUGUGGGUAAUGUCCCGGUUAUGCUACAGACAUCCUGCGCUGUACAUGGAGGUUCUAGUGGAGGACCAUUAUUUUCUGCUCGGUCCGGAGAGCUGCUAGGUAUUGUUGCAAGUAACACAAGGGAUAACACUACGGGAGCCACAUAUCCCCAUUUAAAUUUCAGUAUCCCGAUGACUGUCCUCCAGACAGCGAUACAGAGGUACAGACAAUCUGGAGAAUUGCGGAGCUUUGGAGAACUUAACAAGGCAGGACAUAAGGUUCAAAACGUGUGGCGUCUGCAGAGGUCGCCUGAAAAGGUCUUUCGGAGCAAGCUUUGA